AUGGCUGUUCACGUCGUCUCCAAGACGGAUAACAGACAGCACGCGACAUUCCAACUCUCUGAGCAACAGAAGCCGCUCCAGCCUUCUUCUGUACGAGUCCGCGCGUCUCUGAUUACCCUCUCGUCGAAUAAUCUGAGUUACGCUCUCGGAGGAACCAGACUGCACUGGUGGGAUACGUAUCCCGUCCCAGCUACCGCCCCAGCCCCGUACAACGACAAUUCUGCAUGGGGGAUCGUUCCAGCCUGGGGGUUAGCGACCGUUAUCGAGUCCACUAUCCCUGGGAUUGACCCCGGAACGACCCUAUAUGGCUACUGGCCAACCUCUCAACAUGCGGUGGACCUUCAGCUGGCUGCGGGUGAAGUGCCCGGACACUGGCGCGAGACUUCAGCACACCGCACAGCGUUGAUGCCUUUAUACAAUCGGUACGAUAUUCUCGACAUAUCUGGUAGGGACAGCGAAAGCCUUGGCUGGGAAGACGGCAUCAAGCCCGUCCUUCUCGCAGGCUACGUUUUAAGCCAGUAUGUGUUCACACCGGACGCAAAGCUUAAUCCGCCAGUUCACCCAUUUGGUGGGACGGAGGGGUGGGAUUCUAGCACGGCAGACCUAUCGAAAUCGGUUUUCGUCAGUUUGUCCGCAUCAACGAAGACGGCGAGGUCGCUCGCGUAUUACUUUUACUGUCGCCCUGCUGGGUCCGGCCCACUCAGGUUCCUGCAGGUCACAUCCUCACCGGCAGCCAUUGCGGAGGCAGCUGAUAAGUUUCUACCUCAAUUUCCCGUGAAGGCGAUUGGAUAUGACGAGGUUGAGUCGGUAGGGGCAUGGCUGAAUGAUGCAGAGGCCAAAAGGAUCAUUAUUGCGGAUUUCGGUGCUCGAGAUGGAGCACUUGACGGACUGCGAGGCGUUAUCGAGAACAGCGACUCGUCGAAGGGAGUGACGGUCACUAUCUUGCAGAUUGGCAAUCAACAGAAGGUAUACACCCCUGGCGAAUCCCAGGCAGCUCAAAUGGAAGUUGUGGCCUUGGGCAAGGUUCGAACGAAUACGUCCGCUAUUCAGGAGACUGCGAUAGAACUCCAAGGGGCUACCCCGUACUUCGCCGACUACAAUAAGAGAUGGAAGCAGUGGCUCGAGCAUCGCGAGUGUGCCGCACCUGAUCUAAAGUUGGUCUGGGGGGAGGGAGUUGUGGGUGACAACGGUGUCGAAGGCGCAUGGGAACGACUUGGACAGGGACAGGUCAGGCCAGAGGAGGUGCUUGUUUAUCGAUUGUUCAAUGAAAGGAACGGCCGGCUCUAG